GUUGGGAAGGGAAACAACAACACUACACUACACUAACACACACACACACACACACACACACACACACACACACCGCAUACACGGAAGAAGCACACACACUUCUUAUUUCUCUUACAUGCUUUUAAGAGCUGGAGACAAAGAAAGAAAUACAGCAUGAGCAACACCGCUCCUGAACUGAUGGCAGCAGCUGCAUAGAAGAACAGAACAAUAAACUAGGCUGCAGCUUUGCCUCGUUAUGGCGCUGUGGAUGCAGAUUUCCCAGAAGCUCCCUUAUUUUCCCAAUGAGACCCUGGUGGAGCUCUACCCAUCAAAUACUUUCCCCAUAGAUGUCAGACACUACCUGGCCAGCUGGAUCGAGGAGCAGAGAUGGGAGGACUUCGAUGUGGACAACCGAGAGCAGGAACCACAAGCUCUCCAGCUGCUGGAGCGAAUGCUGGAGCUGUUGCAGGAAGUGGCGUUCCAAAACCCCAAUGUGGUGGAGAGGGUCAAGCUCCAGCACAUCAGCAGGAACAUGGGCAUGUUCCAGUCACAGCCUUUGGAACUGGUGAAGACAGUGAGAAAUAUUCUGAGGAAAGAGAGACUCUUGCUUCGACAGCCUGUUCAGCUCUUUCAACAAAUGCCUGCACCGCCUGUAAAUGGUACCCCACAGCACUCCAGACAAGCCAGCAGCAAUGACGUGGACAACCUGGUGAUGAAGGUAUUGGAGAUUCAGAGCUGCCGUCAGCAAAUCCACCAACUUCAGGAAGAGCUGAACUGGGAGAAGCAAGAGACAGAUCCCAUGCAGGGUCCGAAUGAGAUGGAGGUCAAACAGCUCGAUCAGGUCAACAAACAGAAGCGCAUAGCACAGCUGGAGUGGAAAUAUAAAAACUUAACGAAGUCACGUCUACAACUGCUGCAGGAGGCAGUGUGUAAUCUGGAGCAAUGUCAAACUCGUCUCAUCCACCGUAUAAAGUCAUGGCGCUGGGAGCAGCUCCGCUCCACCAUUGGACGCAACUUCGAUGAAAAUCUCCUCCCUUUACAGACAUGGUGUGAACAGCUGCUUGGUGUCAAUGGAAAUUUGAGACAGGAGCUGAUGUUGGUCAAAAGGGAGCACGGAAGUGGUGAACACAUUCACAAGCUGGAGGAAAGCCUGAACCAUCUUCUGCAGACUCUCAUCCAAAGCUCCUUGGUGGUGGAGAAACAGCCCCCUCAAGUGAUUAAGACCCAGUCCAAGUUCUCCAGCACUGUGCGCUAUCUUCUGGGGGAGAAAGUGGCUCCUGGGAAGCCGGUGCUCCUGAAGGCACAGACCAUCACCGAGUCACAAGCCAGAAACAUUGGACAAGGCCUUAUACCGACCGAGAACGUAGGAGACCUGAUUAACAGCACCGCCAUCUUAGAACACAACACAACUAGCAAGAGCACAUGUGCAACUUUCAGGAAUAUGUCCAUCAGGAAGAUCAAGCGGGCAGACAGGAAGGGCUCGGAGUCAGUAACGGAGGAGAAGUUUGCUUUGCUUUUCACUACAGAGAUAACCAUCACAGGCUGCGACAGUCCUUACAGUGUCCAGGUGAUCUCGCUUCCUGUUGUUGUAAUCGUACACGGCAGUCAGGAGAACAAUGCUAUGGCCACCAUCAUUUGGGACUGUGCGUUCUCUGAACCUAACAGGAUCCCGUUCGUGGUGCCUGAUCGAGUGUCCUGGAGUCAGAUGUCUGAGGCUCUGAGCUGUAAGUUCAUGUCUGAGGUUCAGACCACACACGCAUUAGACAGAGUCAACUUGCACUGCCUCGCUCAAAAGAUCUUCGACAAGCCCGAUAAUUCAGAGGACUUCAGCACUGCACCGGUUUCCUGGGCUCAGUUCAACAAGGAAGUUCUGCCUGGGCGAAACUUCACCUUCUGGCAGUGGUUUGAGGGCGUGAUUGAUCUGACCAAAAAAUGCCUAAAGGCCUACUGGAGUGAUGGACUCAUCCUGGGCUUUAUUGGGAAGCAACACCUUCAUGUCAUUUUGCAGAACCAACCCAGCGGCACGUUUCUGCUGCGCUUCAGUGACUCUGAAAUCGGAGGCAUCACCAUCGCCUAUGUUGGCCUCAGUGAUUCUCCAGCUGGAUGCAGGAAAAUCCAGAACAUCCAACCAUUCACCAAAAAAGACCUGGACUCCGUCGGCCUUGGCGAUCGUAUUCGGGACAUCAGUCUGAUCUCACAAGUAUAUUCACACGGACCGGGACAAUCUCAACGACUAACACCAAAAAAUGAAGCAUUUAAGAAAUAUUACACCGUUCCAUCUGCACCUCACCCGGACGGAUACCUGCCGUUCAAGCUCACCACAGUGGUGGAUGAGGAACCCGGAACUGUCACGAUACCUCAGGCUGAACCAAUGCAGGACCAAUUCUGCAUGACACCGGAAAUGUUUAUUAUGCAAAAUCCCGUCUCUCUCCCAACGACUACGUUUGCUUCUCCGUAUCCGGAUACCCCCAUGUCCAGCCAAGGAGAAAUGUACCCUACUCUCCUCUACAGCAAUAACAUGACACCAGAAGCAUCAAGUAACAUGGAGCUGGAGGAAAUUCUGUCUGAUUUUAACACUCAGUUAUGAUACGAAAGACUGCAGCCUGCAACAGAAGCCCUGCACAGAUCCAGAAGCAGAGCAUUGCAUGCAAAAACACAGGCUAACAUGCUUUGGGGCAUAGGAUGAAUUAAUGAGCUCCCUGGGGACGGAACUUGGCACGUCUUUGUUUGUAUUAAGGUAUCCAGUGGCUUGAUACACUAAGGAUGUACAGAACAGUGCACACUUUAGCCUGAACUUUAUAUCACAGCUGUGAUAUUUAAGAUCGGGUUAUACUUGCAGGCUUAAAGGCACGGUGAAGAUGAAAUUUUCCUUAAAACCCUGAAUAAAUAUAUUACAUGAUAUGAUAAAUAAAUUUGUCUUAGCAGUAGUCGACGUGGAAGUGUAUAAUGAGACUUAAUGGCCAGCGGUGUGACUUCUACAUGAAAACUCAGAAUAUUACUUAAGAGUACCUUUAAGCCUGUAAAUGGUGUGAUGGUAAAAACACAAAGACAGUCUUUUUAUGCUUCAUAUUUUUUAUUUUUUUGCCUAACAGGAAAGAAAUUACACGUACUCAGCUCAGCUUGCACCGUUUCUGACUCAUGCUUAAAUCCCUUAAAGCCACAGUGAGGAAUGGAGUCAUCUUUCAUAUUGUUUACAAAAAAAAGGGCUAAAUCAGAAUUUGUAUUUCACUGGCGUCCGGUUUUCCACCUAGUCUAAACCACAUCUCAGACAGAGACUAAUGCUGGUUACGGACUGAUCUGGAGUGAUUAGGAAAAUAAAUACGAUUAGUACCGAAGGGUUGUGUGCAUUCAAACUUGAUAAGACUCUAAAAAUAAUUGCAAAGUAUUAACAGGGUUUACUGGGAAUUGUGCUGUUCAUGUGAGCAGAAUAUCAAGUGUUGCCAGUUUUACACGUUUUACACGUCUUAAUGAAUAUGUAAUGAACGCGAAUUUAUUGUUAACGAUUCUUAAUAUACUGAUAUUUAUGGCACACGAGGUAAUCGUGUAUCCUCAUACUUAUAUGGUUUCUAUAAAUUAACUUUCCCUUAAUUAAACCCAAAUCGGAAAAUAUCUAAAAUCGCAUUUUCACCUGUUUGAAAUAAACCUGCUACAUUUGUUGACUUUUUAUGGUUUUGUUUCGAUCAGUCAAUUAGGCUUAUGUAGUAAUGAUGUAAAAUAAUGUAGUAAUAAUAACUGUCAGGAUUUUAAAGCUUUUUAUCACGGUCGUUUAAAGUAAACGUUAGAGAACUAGCUAUACUUUAUAUAAUUUAUAUAUAAAUAAGAACUUAUAUAUAAUUUCCUUUUAUUUUUUUUAUUAAAUCAGUUGUAAUUUAAUAAUAAUAAUAAUAAAUUGCCAGUACAUAAAUUCAAAACAUUUCUCAAUCAAUCAAUCAAUCAAAAUGUAUUUGUAUAGCACUUUCAACACGGUAACAAUGGACCAAAGUACUUUACAUGGUAAAAAACAUUAUAUAAGACAAUAAAAAGUACAAUCGUAAAACUCAUUAAACUAACAAUAAAAUAAAAGUACAAAAAAUACCAUACAAAGUAACUCGGGAAAACGUACCAUUUCUGUUUAUGACCAUCAGAAAAAUCAGUGUUUGUCUUCCACUUGACUAAUUUAAAAUUCCUGGCUGUGGCUUUAAGCAAGCAUUCAUUCAUUUCUUUUCACUCCACUUCAUGUCUGUUCCUCUUUGGCAUGGAUGUGCCAUGUCAUAGUAAAAGGGCUUUUAUCGGGUUUCACAUUGAAAGAGCAGCUAAGCAGCUUGAUCCUAAAUGGUGCUCAGAUGCACUAAACUUCAUAGAUUUGGAAGUCAGACAUAUUGUGAUGUUGGUGCUUCUGGAAUGGUUUUAAAGCCAGUGAUGCCAUUGUUUAUCUGAUGGUCUGGGAAAACCCUUCAGAUGUCUGAAAAUUAUAAAUCGAUUAAUAUUUCUGCCGAUAAUGUACUUUGACGUGAAAGCAACAAGUAUAUAUAUAUUUUUUUUUUACCAAGAAAACAAUGUGGACAUGUUUAUUUCAUUCUUGUCUUAGUGUCUGCUUGACAAGAUCGUUCAGGAUCGGUAAGGAGACAGUUGUAAAUGCAGUCAGUCUGGUAAACGUGUCUAAAAGCCUGCUAGCUAUGUGUCAUUUCUUCACACAGUUGUUAUAUACAGUAGCUUCACAACAUAAAAUGAAUCAGACAUAAGCGUGAGCAGUUCGUUUUGAAAUCAGAUUCAGGCUGUGAAAAUGUCUGCGACACUCCCAUCGUUUGCGUGAACAGAAAUCAGUCGAAUGGAGAGCUGAGGUUCGUGUUGAGAUUUAUAUCUCAGGUGAUGAGGCAGAGCCUGAUGUGGAUAAUAACAUGUCUAGUGUCCCGUUGUAAACUUCUUAUUCUUUAUAAUGUGUCAGACAGAUUUCUAGAACGACACGAUCGUAUUCACUGCUCAGGGAACAGCAGGACACGUGCAGGGAGGUGAAGCCGAGGAUUAACGUUUAACAUGAGUAGAAGUGAAGCUUGGAGAAAGAUCAUUAUCCUACCAGCAUCACUUCUUUGUGCAGGAAAUGCGGGUGCUGAUUAAACAAAACGUAAACGCUCAGACGCUCAAAUCUGUUAACCAUACAGUAUAAAUAAACAGUCAGAGGAAUAUAUGUGUGUGUAUAUAUAUAUAUAUAUAUCACUGCACUUUCAUGCAUAAAAAAUGGGAAUUCUAAAAGGGAUGGGUUCGGCUCGGUAAGCUCCGAUUUUUAAUAUCCUCAAUACAGUUACAGCUUAUUGAAUAACUUCUGCCCACAGAAAGCCCAAAUGUUUGUCUGUUAUGUUGCUUAGCAAUCAGAGAUCCAGCCCAUAGAGGAGCGUUUAUAUCGAAUAUUAUUAAUAACGAACUACAUUUUUUUAAUUAUAUUUGUCCUGUUUUCUAAACUAUUUCAGUCCUUGAGCUCUACUAGUGCACAGAACUAAAUGUGGUCCAAUAUGCGAAGGGUUUUCCCAGACCUCCACACACACACACUGUCAUUCUGAAGUUUAAUAUAUUGUAGGCAGUUCUGUAACUUCACUGUUUUUAAUUCAUCACCUUUGUUUAGUCAUCUCAUAAACACGGCUUUAAUUCCAGAUAGCAGUGUAAAACGGCUCCUGCACCCUGUCGUCUUUCAGUUGUUGUUUUGAUCCCUUAAUUUCAUUCCUCUUCAGGACUUGUGUAAUAUUCAGUGUUCACAAACCUAAAUGUUCACUCAUAAUUAUAAAGUCACAGUAUACGAGCAGAUAUGUUAUCUAUGCAGUAGUACUAUACAACGUAUCUGUAUUUAUAUCAUUCCUGUCUUUAUAAAGGGAUUUAUGCAAGAAAUGUUAAUAAGCUUGGACUUGUUCAUUCAUAGGUUAGACUCUUUAUAACCAAACUCUUUAAGGUGCAUGUUCUGUCUUACACACAUACACGUGUUUCACAUUAAGGGGACCUUUGAUCAUAACGCAGUGUUUUUACAGGUAGACUUUAGUUUGUCUAUUUUUUUUUUCAGUCAUUAUUAACAAAUCUGAAAUAAUCAGGUCUUUUCUGCUAUGAAAUGUGAUAUUGCCUUGUAAUAAUACUGCUUUUUUGUUUGUUUUAUUUUUGUAUAAUGUUCUUUUGUGCCAUGAGUGAGUUGUAAAGAGGAAAAGCAUGGAGGCAAAAUGAACUGCAAAUAAAUAUACAACGAGGCAA